GGCGGCGGGGCAGGCCCCGCCCUGCUGGGGCCUCGGCCGCUGGUGGGCAGCUCGUCGCGUUCGUGGGUUCCCGGGGCUCUGUGCGGUUGCGCGGGAACUUGCGUAACGUGCGGCCGCCGCCGCUUCCUCCACCUCUCUCCUCCCCCGCGAAGGCCGGCGGGCAAGGCGCUCUGUCUGGAGGGAGGCCGGGUGCGGCCCCCGCCGCGGCGCCAUGAUGCGGCGCACGAAGCCCGAGGUGGAGCGGUAUGUCGCCUCUGUGCAGGCCGCCGCAUCUUCCCCCAGAGAGAAAUCAAUGAAAGGAUUCCUCUUUGCUAAGCUGUAUUUUGAAAUAAAAGAAUAUGAACUUGCUAAAAGGUAUAUAUCUACAUACCUCAAUGUACAGGAAAGAGAUCCCAAAGCACACAGAUUUCUUGGACAAAUUUACGAAGCUGAGGAUAACAUAGAAAAAGCUUUUGGUUGUUACAAGCGCUCUGUGGAGUUGAACCCGACACAGAAAGAUCUCGUAUUGAAGAUUGCAGAGUUACUGUGCAAUAAUGACGCUACCGAUGGAAGAGCAAAAUACUGGGUUGAGAGAGCUGCUAAGCUCUUCCCUGGGAGUCCUGCUGUUUACAGGUUGAAGGAGCAGUUACUGGAUUGUAAAGGUGAAGAUGGAUGGAAUCAGCUUUUUGACUUGAUUCAAGCAGAACUUUACGCAAGACCAGAUGAUAUCUACAUAAAUAUCAGACUAGUUGCGCUCUACCGUUCAAAUAAUAGAUUAAAAGAUGCUGUACUUCAUUGUCAGGAAGCAGAGAAGAAAAUACCUUUGCAGUCAAGCUUGGAAUGGUGUUCCUGUGUUGUAGAGACACUUGAGGAAUAUCUGGAAUCUUUGCAAGACUUGGAGUCUGAUAAAAAUAACUGGAGAGCUAUCAGGAAAGAUUAUCUGCUGGCCUAUUCCAGCUUUGUCAAAAUGACACUUGCUUCUAGAGAUGUUCAGGAAUGCAGAGAGACGCUUGAAAGUUUUGAUCGUGUGCUUCAGUCAGUAAAACCAUAUGUGAAUGGGGCUGAUGAGUUGUCUCGGACCUUUGUGGAAAUGAAAGGACAGCUAUACUUGCAUGCUGGAACUUUGCUGCUGAAAAUGGCCCAACACAAUGAGGCACAAUGGAGAGCUGUGUGUGAACUAGCAGCAUUGUGUUAUCUGAUAAGCUUCCAGGUUCCUAAACCAAAGUCAAAACAAAUAAAGGGGGAUCAAACUGGACAAGAUACGCUAGAAGUAUGGGCCUGUGACCGAAAAAGCCAGUCUGGUCAUAUGCUGCUGAACUUGAGCCAUGGCAAGCAAGACUUCUUUAAAGAAAUUGUGGAAUCCUUUGCCAACAAGAGUGGUUUAUUUACGUUGUUUGAUAGCCUGUUUGAGAGUGGAGCUUCCAGAGAGAGAUCUUUUAUUGGCACAGAUGACAUUGGAAAUACUGCUGCUCAGGCACCAGUGGAAGUGGAACUUCAUAAAUAUGAUAUUGGUGCUGUUCGAAUGCACAAUGGCAGUCUCCAGCACCUUGUGUGGCUUGGCUUGCAGUGGAAUUCUAUGUCAGUCUUACCCCCAGUGCGCAAAUGGUUAAAACAGCUAUUUCAGCUGACACAAGAAACGUCAAGACUUCAGACAGAUGCUCCUGAAUCCAUUUGUCUAUUGGACCUUGAAGUAUUCCUACUUGCAGUGGUAUUCACUAGCAAUUUACAGUUGCAAGAGAGGUUUAAUUCUCACUACGGUGCACAUCAGCCUCAAUUCUUACCAUUGCCAGUGUGCAAACAGCUCUUUACCGAAAAGCAAAGAUCCUGGUGGGAUGCUGUUCGUGCUCUUAUUCAGAGAAAAACAAUACCAGGAACAGCAGCAAAACUGAGGCUUACUGUACAACAUGGAUUAAGUACUCUGCGAGCACUAGACAAGCAUGGCCUUCAACCUGCCUUAGUUAUUCACUGGGCAAAAAGUCUGCAAAAGACAGGCAUUAGCCUUAACUCUUUCUAUGACCAGAAAGAAUACAUUGGACGCAGUGUCUACUACUGGAAGAAAGUUUUGCCUAUGCUGGAAACUAUUAGAAAGAGGAGGAGUAUUCCUGAACCUACUGAUCCUCUCUUCAAACACUUCCAUAGUGUAGACAUCCAGGCCCUUCAGGUUGCAGCCUACGAAGAAGAGGCACGUAUAGCAUUUGCAAUGUUGGAUGCAGUUGAUGGCAAAACCGAUGAUGCUUUGUUAGCAUUUGAAGCUAUUAAUAACGUGGUCUCAUACUGGAAUCUUGCCAUGAUCUUCCAAAGGAAGGCAGAAGAUAUUGAAAGUGAUGCCAUGCCAGAGGAACAAGAACAACGUAAAACUUACCUUCUUAAAAGCAAACAUUAUUUAAUGCAGGUCAUUGAGGAAAGCUCUUCAGAUGUGUCAGUAACUGAGAAACUACCAGUGUCUAUUGAAACUGUGAGGGAAAUGCUAGAUACAGUGAUUCAGGAUCUUGGUGAGAACGAUGAAGAGGGAAGUCCUGCCUUCAGAAAUGGUCUGUCAAGUGCUGCUGAUUCAGAGAUGAAACAUUCCACUCCAUCGCCAAAUAAGUUCUCUCUUUCACCAACCAAGAGCUACAAGUUUUCUCCGAAAGCUCCUCGAUGGGCAGAAGAUCACAGAUCUAUACUUCAGAUGAUCUGUGAGCAAGUGGAAGCUUUAAAGCAUGAAAUGCAAGAAAUGAAACAUAAUAAUUCCAAUUUAAACGCUUCAUCUCAUCGGUGGCCUGCUGAAACCUAUGGAACAGAUACAAUGUCAGAGGGUUAUCAGAGACCACAAAAUCUUCAUGAAGCUCCAUUAACAGUUUCUACUACUGGCCCAUCUGUUUACUACAACCAGUCGCCUGCUUAUAACUCUCAGUAUCUUCUUAGAACUGCUGCAGCCAAUGUAACACCAACAAAGGCUCCUGUCUAUGGCAUGAACAGACUUACACCUCAGCAACAUAUAUAUGCUUAUCAACAACCGAUGCACACGCCACCUCUGCAGAACACUUCUUGUAUGUUUUCCCAGGAUAUGUAUUGUCCACCUUUGCGUUUCGAUUCUUCUGCCACUGGAAUAAUUUCCCCUCGUGGAGGUGAUGAUUACUACAAUUACAGCAUUCCACAGGCAAGCACAAAUCCACAGCUGCCUGAACCAGGAUAUUUCACAAAGCCUUCAGUUGCGCCACCAACCUUAAAGCCUGUGGAAUCAUCUAAAGUAAUAGAAUUUACAAAAUCUAAACUUGUACAGCCAGGAACAGCAGAAGGAUCAAAAACAUCUCUGCCAACACCAGUGCAGUCAAGUCAGCCAACAACUUUUAAAUUCAACACUAAUUUCAAGUCUAAUGAUGGAGACUUUACCUUUUCUUCCCUUAAGGUUGCACCACAGCCUCCUAAUGCACCUUUUAAUAGCAGUGAAAGCCUCUUGGAUCUUCUGGCAUCUGAUAAACCUUUACAGGACAACAGAUACAUUGAACGUACACCAGUUAGUGAUCACACAAAUGGUCAAAGAAACGUCUUCAAUUUUGGUAAUAAACAUACUCCAGGCAUCUCUUUUCGGGAAAGCAUAGCACAAAAUGCACAUAAAAACCUGAGUUUUGAGAAGAGUGAUGCGUUUAGUGUCCAAGAACCAAACAAACUUUCAUGUGUGACUUCGAAUUCUGAUUUGAUCAAUAGAAGUCAUGAAACAGAGGGAGGAAGCACCCAUGGUGGAGAUGAGGAUGAUGAUGGUCCUCAUUUUGAUCCUGUGGUGCCCCUUCCUGACAAAAUUGAAGUGAAGACAGGUGAGGAAGAUGAAGAAGAAUUCUUCUGCAACAGAGCCAAACUCUUCCGUUUUGAUGCAGAAUCUAAAGAAUGGAAAGAAAGGGGUAUUGGAAAUGUUAAAAUACUGAAGCAUAAAGUAUCUGGCAAGUUUCGUCUUUUAAUGAGACGAGACCAAGUGCUGAAAAUCUGUGCAAAUCACUAUAUAAAUACUGCCAUGAAAUUAACUCUAAAUGCUGGGUCAGAUAAGUCAUUUGUAUGGCAUGCUUUAGAUUAUGCAGAUGAGUUGCCAAAACCAGAACAGCUUGCAAUUAGAUUUAAAACACCUGAGGAAGCAAUGCUUUUCAAAAGUAAGUUUGAGGAGGCCCAGAAUAUUUUAAAGAACUUAGGAGCAAAUGUUGACACACCUGUGACUCAGAGUACUGGAACUGCGAGGGAAGCAACAAACCAGGACAGCAAGGAUACUAGUAGAUCCAUUUCUGGGACUCUGAACUUGGACUUUCAGUUCCCAAAAGGACUGAGCAGUGAAUCUGAUAGCAAAAGCAGCCUUACAGCUACAUCAACUGUGUCUAGCCCUACCACUUUCUCAUUUGGAAAGGAAACUCUUCAAACCUGUUCUUCUGAUUACUUUGGGCAGCAUCUUUUGAAGAAGGGUCAGUGGAAGUGUAAACUAUGUUUAGUUCUGAAUGAAGCAACUGCAAAGAAUUGUGUAUCUUGUGAAAGUCCAAAUACAGACACAAGAGAAGCACCAGUUGCCCAGUUAAGUGACUCAGCUGUAGAUUUCAAAGCUAGUGGUAACUCUGCACAGGACAAAUUUGGGUCUGCUUUUGCAAAAAAAGAAGGUCAGUGGGACUGUGAUAUCUGUCUAGUAAGAAACGAACCCACUGCUUCCCAGUGCAUUGCCUGCCAGAAUCCAAACAAAGCUAACACAGUGGUAUCUGGUCAAGAGAGGUCAUUUACAUUCAGCCAGGCCAUUGCUCCAAAGGCUCAAAAUGACUUAGCAGCUGCUUUUCCUAAAAAAGGACAGUGGAACUGCUCUGUGUGCCUAGUCCAGAAUGAAGCAAAAGAUGUGUACUGUUGUUCUUGUCAGAGUCCUAAGUCUCAAACUCAACCAAGUGUGACUAUACCUUCUGUUCAGGUACCUCCUGCUCCCAGGUUUGGUUCCACUGCUGAUGCAAGUAAGCCACAGAAAAAUGGGUUUGAAGGGCGUUUUAGUAAAAAGGAAGGGCAGUGGGAUUGUGCUACUUGUCUUGUAAGGAAUGAGGGUUCUUCGCCAGCCUGUGUAGCCUGCCAAACACCAAAUCCAUCUGGGAAGCCUCCUGGUGAUGCUUCAUCAACUCCUACUGUUGGCAUGAGAAAUAAGUUAUCUGAACCUGCUGGAGGACAGUCAGGGACAGGCUUCAAGUGUGAUUUCUUGGAAAAGAGCUUUAAGUUUGGUCUUACUGAGCAAGACAAGACACCAUCAUUUGCAUUUCAGAGUUCUGAUCCUGAAGCUAAAUCUUCGAAAGAAGGAUUUAGCUUUUCAAUGCCAGUGCCUGCAGAUGGAUUUAAAUUUGGGAUACAAGAGUCUAGUAAAAAUAUUUCUAAGAAAGAUGAGCCAUCCAAAGAGUGUACAACCAGCUUCUUAAAAAGCGUCGAUGAAAAAGACAAAAAGGAACUCCCUGCUGACAGCAAAACAACAUUGCAGUUUCAAGAAACAGCAAACAAGGAGAAAGGUGACUUCAUUUUGGGGCAGAAUACCAACACAUUUACAUUUGCUGACCUUGCAAAAAGUACUCCCAGGGAAGGCUUCCAGUUUGGCAAAAAAGACCCUAACUUCAAAGGAUUUUUAGGUAAAGGUGAGAAGCUGUUUUCAUCACAGAAUUCCGAAACAGAUCACAAAGCAAACACAUCUGCUGAUGGUGAGAAAGAUGAUGAUGUAUAUAAGACAGAAGACAAUGAUGAUAUCCAUUUUGAACCCAUAGUUCAGAUGCCUGAAAAAGUUGAAACAUUUACUGGGGAGGAAGAUGAGAAAGUGCUGUACUCCCAAAGAGUAAAGUUGUUCAGGUUUGAUCCAGAAACAAGCCAGUGGAAAGAACGUGGAGUAGGCAACCUGAAGAUUCUUAAAAAUGAAGUUAAUGGUAAAGUAAGAAUAUUAAUGCGACGUGAGCAGGUACUGAAAGUGUGUGCAAAUCACUGGAUAACAACAACAAUGAACUUGAAACAGCUGUCUGGCUCAGACAAAGCGUGGAUGUGGAUGGCCAGUGACUUCUCUGAUGGUGAUGCGAAGUUGGAACAGCUGGCAGCAAAAUUCAAGACACCAGAGCAGGCUGAGGAGUUCAAGCAGAAGUUUGAAGAAUGUCAGAGGCUACUACUAGAUAUACCAUUACAGACACCCCAUAAGCUUGUUGAUACAGGUAGGACAGCUCAACUUAUACAGAAAGCAGAAGAAAUGAAAAGUGACUUAAAAGAUCUCAAAACAUUUCUGACAGAUGACAAGACUAAACUGUCCGAAGAGGAAAAUUCAAACACUGUGUGUGCCAGCAGUACCUCUGAUCUGGUUAUAAAGCCACAUGCUGAGAGUACUGGCCCUACUCUGGAAUGGGAUAACUAUGACUUGCGUGAAGAAGCACUGGAUGAUAGUGUAAGUAGUUCUGUAUAUGCAUCACCUCUUGCAAGUAGCCCUAUAAGGAAAAACCUGUUUAGGUUUGGAGAAUCUACCACAGGUUUUAGUUUCAGCUUUACAUCUGCCUUGAGCCCGUCCAAAUCUCCUGCCAAACAAAACCAGAGUAGAACAUCAGUAGGCACAGAUGAAGAUUCUGAUGUUACUCAAGAGGAAGAAAGAGAUGGGCAGUAUUUUGAACCUGUGGUACCUCUGCCUGAUCUCGUGGAAGUGACCAGUGGUGAGGAAAACGAACAAGUUGUGUUCAGUCACAGAGCUAAACUCUACAGAUAUGACAAAGAUGCAAAUCAGUGGAAAGAGAGAGGUAUUGGGGAUAUUAAGAUAUUACAGAACUAUGACAACAAACAAGUGCGUAUAGUAAUGAGAAGGGAUCAAGUACUGAAACUCUGUGCCAAUCACAGAAUAACACCGAAUAUGAAUAUACAACAAAUGAAGGGGUCUGAUAGAGCAUGGGUGUGGACUGCUUGUGACUUUGCAGAUGGAGAAAGGAAAGUAGAACUUCUGGCUGUGAGAUUCAAACUACAGGAUGUUGCGGACUCAUUUAAGCAAAUUUUUGAUGAAGCAAAGCAUGCCCAAGAGAGAGAGACACUGAUCACACCUCUUUCUUCUCGUGCCAAUACACCAAAGGAAUCUCCAUGUGGCAAAAAUGCUGUAGCUGUCCUAGAAGAAACUACUAGAGAAAGAACUGACCUCAGCCAUGGUGUUGAUACUUCUGAUGUAACUGUAGAGGUCACAGAGGUGUCAAGCACUUCUGAAACGCCAACAAAAACAGUGGUUUCCCCUCCAAAAUUUGUAUUUGGAUCUGAAUCGGUCAAGAGCAUUUUCAGUAAUGAAAAGUCAAAGACGUUCACCUUUGGAAAUAAUUCAGCCACUAGUUCUCUUUUUGGCUUCAGCUUUAAUCCUCCAAGAAAAACUGAACACCAUAAUUCUGUGUCUCAGAACACAGCACAGAAAGAACAGGAAGCUUCUGAAACACCGAAAGGUUUUAGUGCUCCUCUUCAAAAGCCUCUGGAUGGCAAGGUAGACAAUUUGCCUACUUCAACACAAGAUGGAGCCUCAAACUUCUCGUUUAGAAUUCUGGAUAAAGCUGAGAAGACGACACCAGAAGACUGCCUUCCAUCUGAUGAGGUUACAAUAGUUUAUGAGUUAACACCCACCCCUGAACAGAGAGCUCUUGCUGGCUUUCUCAAGCUACCUGCAACAUUCUUCUGUUACAAGAACAAGCCUGGAUACGUGAGUGACGAGGAUGAUGAUGAAGACUAUGAAACAGCUGUGAGAAAACUUAAUGGAAGACUCUAUCCCAGUGAUUCAGAAAAGAAAAAGAAAUUACAAGAUCCUGUGAAAGGAAAAAAUGAAUUGGACAAUGAAAGAGUUCAUGCUGGUACUAUGGAAAAGAAACCAGCUCCUGAGGAUGGAGCUGAAGCAGAAACUCUGCAGGUUCCUUCUACAUCUGCCGAUGGGGUCAGCAGUGGUGCUGAGGAUAACAGUCCAGAAGACUUUCAGAGAGAAGGUGAAAUUCAAGAAACGAAAGAAAAUGAGGUCACAAGCUCAACUGACUUAGUCGGUACUGAUAAGGAAGAAGUACCUGUUCAAGCAGCCAGUGAGGUGACAGUGUUUGUCCAGUCAGCAACCAACAAUGAAGAAACGUAUUCCACCACAGGAACUAUGCGUGUAUCAGGAUCUGAUGAGAAACCUGUAGACUUGUCAACUAAGAAAGGUGAUUCAGAGUGCUCAGAGUCAACACAAGAAAACAGAGUCAUCUCAUUUGGUUUCAGCAAUGCUGCAGGCUUGUCAUUUGCAGAUCUGGCUUCCAAAAACUCUGGAGACUUUGCUUUUGGCUCGAAAGAUAAAAACUUCAAAUGGGCCAAUACUGGAGCAGCUGUGUUUGGAGAGACAGCCCAUAAAGCAGAUGAAAAUGGUGGUGGUAGCGAUGAUGAGGUGGUACAUAGUGAUGAUAUCCACUUUGAACCAAUUGUGUCCUUACCAGAGGUGGAGGUAAAAUCUGGAGAAGAAGAUGAGGAAAUUCUCUUCAAAGAGAGGGCAAAACUUUACAGAUGGGACAGGGAUGCUGUUCAGUGGAAGGAGCGUGGUGUUGGAGAGAUCAAGAUACUCUUCCAUACACAGAAGAAGUACUACAGAGUCCUGAUGAGGAGAGACCAAGUUUUUAAAGUCUGUGCAAACCACAUCAUUACCAAAGAAAUGAACUUAGUGCCCUCUGAUACAUCGAAUAAUGCUUUCAUUUGGACAGCCACAGAUUAUGCCGAUCAUGAAGGAAAAGUAGAACAACUUGCAGUGAGAUUUAAAAGCCAAGAAAUGGCUAAUUCUUUCAAGAGGAGGUUUGAAGAAUGCCAGCAAAGCUUGUCAGAAUUACAGAAGGGACAUUUAUCUCUGGCUGCAGGACUGUCAAAGGACACCAAUCCCAUUGUGUAUUUUGAAGUUUCUGCUAAUGAUGAGACGUUAGGACGCAUAACCAUGGAGCUGUUUUCAAAUAUUGUCCCCCGAACUGCUGAAAAUUUCAGAGCCCUUUGCACAGGAGAAAAAGGUUAUGGAUACAAGAACUCCAUCUUUCACAGGAUAAUCACAGACUUUGUGUGUCAGGGAGGCGAUAUAACUAACCAUGAUGGAACAGGAGGGCGAUCAAUUUAUGGAGCGGCAUUUGAAGAUGAGAACUUUGAAGUGAAACACACUGGUCCUGGAUUGUUGUCAAUGGCAAAUAAGGGCAGAGAUACAAAUAACUCCCAGUUCUUCAUAACACUUAAAAAAGCAGAACACUUGGACUUCAAGCAUGUAGUAUUUGGAUUUGUGAAAGAUGGAAUGGAUGUUGUGAAAAAGAUUGAAUCCUUUGGUUCUUCUGAAGGGCGAGUAAAUGGAAGAAUUGUCAUUACAGACUGUGGGCAAAUAUAGAGUUAUUACUUUGAGUAUACAGAUGUUCUAGUGGUAUAAAUCAGUAUUUAGAUGUUGCUAAUUAUUUCAACUCAAAAUGGACACUUCUGAUGUAUAAAUGUAAAAUUACACCCGAUAGUUGGGUUUUUUAUGUGUUCUAAUUGAUUUUUUUGCAUGUUAAAGAGUUCAGACACUGGCAUAUUUCAGGUGUAUUUCUGUUAUCCUGCCAUAUUUGUAUUAAAUGUCAAAUUUUAAAAAUAAAUCUUAGUCUUGUUAAAAUAAA